CAGCAAUCAGAGCCCUUCUCCGGGCGGGUUUUGCUGCAGUACGCUGAUUGCCACUUUACAGCAUCCAGCAAGAUCCCCAGCAGCAGGCACUUGGAGGAGACUCUGCGUGGGCACUUGUUUAAGGAGUACCUGACUAAACAAUUGGGUUAUUCUUUAACUCUCGGAGAAGUGCCUGUAUUCCCUUCACGCAAGCUCCCUACUGGCUUUCUGCAUUCAUAAUUUAUCGGAGCUGUUUCUCCCUCCGAUUUUUUCCCAUUACUUUUUUCUUUUCCUCCCCCCAUCCGUUUUUUUUUUUCUUUCCCGAUCGUUAUUCACCCUCCCAAAUCUGUGCUGCAUCUCUAGCGCUCAUUAUGCUGUGCUCAGUAGCCCAGUGUGUUCUCCGCCUCUGCUAGGCAGUGGCAGCAUGGAUGGUGCUCUUGUGACGACCUCUGCUGAUGCUAUCAGUCCACUGCGGAUAGGCAUGCUGAGUAAUCCUGCUGUAAAUGGGCGAGGACACGGACACACGAAAAAUUAACCACAGCUUUCUUCGAGACCACAACUAUGUGACUGAAGGGAAAGCUAUAAGGAAGCUUGUGCGCAAGGCGACUCUGGUGGCAUCUAGAAUCCUCAGAUUUCCUUGACUGAAUCCAUCUGGGUUUAGCCCUAAGUAUAGUAGACAAGCUGCACUGCUUGCACUGAUAAAUUAUAUCUUCCAAAUGAUAGACCAAGCUGAUAUUAUUUCUACAGUUGAGUUCAACCACACUGGAGAACUGCUGGCUACUGGUGACAAGGGGGGUCGGGUUGUUAUAUUCCAAAGGGAGCCUGAGAGUAAAAAUGAGCCUUACAAUCAGGGGGAGUACAAUGUUUACAGCACUUUCCAGAGCCAUGAACCUGAAUUUGAUUAUUUGAAGAGCUUGGAGAUAGAAGAAAAAAUAAACAAGAUCAAGUGGUUACCACAGCAAAAUGCAGCUCACUCACUUUUAUCAACAAACGAUAAAACAAUCAAAUUAUGGAAAAUUACUGAAAGAGACAAGAGACCAGAGGGGUACAACUUAAAAGAUGAAGAAGGGAAACUUAAAGAUCUUUCUACAGUAACAUCACUGCAGGUGCCUGUGUUGAAACCUAUGGAUUUGAUGGUAGAAGUCACUCCCCGGAGAAUCUUUGCUAAUGGUCACACCUAUCAUGUCAACUCAAUAUCCGUCAACAGUGACUGUGAGACAUACAUGUCAGCAGAUGAUCUCAGGAUUAACCUCUGGCAUUUAGCAAUCACAGAUAGGAGCUUCAACAUUGUAGAUAUAAAGCCAGCCAAUAUGGAGGACCUGACGGAAGUGAUUACAGCCUCUGAGUUCCAUCCCCAUCACUGCAAUCUCUUUGUCUACAGCAGCAGCAAAGGAUCCCUGAGACUCUGUGACAUGAGGGCAUCGGCUCUCUGUGACAAACAUUCCAAGCUUUAUGAAGAACCAGAAGACCCCAGUAACAGAUCAUUCUUUUCAGAAAUAAUCUCUUCAGUGUCAGAUGUCAAAUUCAGUCACAGUGGUAGAUACAUGCUAACGAGAGAUUACCUCACUGUCAAAGUUUGGGAUCUGAACAUGGAAACGAAGCCCGUAGAAACAUACCAGGUCCAUGAUUACCUUAGGAGCAAGUUGUGUUCCCUCUAUGAAAAUGACUGCAUCUUUGACAAGUUUGAAUGUGCAUGGAAUGGAUCAGACAGUGUGAUAAUGACCGGUGCAUACAACAACUUCUUCCGAAUGUUUGACCGGAACACCAAGAGGGAUGUGACCUUGGAGGCAUCCCGAGAGAGCAGCAAACCACGAGCUAUUCUCAAGCCCCGGAGGGUCUGCGUUGGAGGCAAAAGGAGGAAAGAUGACAUCAGUGUUGACAGUUUGGACUUUACUAAGAAGAUCUUGCACACAGCAUGGCACCCAACCGAGAACAUCAUUGCUAUAGCAGCGACAAACAAUCUGUACAUAUUUCAGGAUAAAGUGAACUCAGAAAUGCACUAGAUUUAUCAAUAUCCCUCUAUAUUUACAAACCAGCCUCUUGAGAGUUGUAGAAGGAUGUGAUCUUCACAAAAAAUUGUGGCUUCUGUGGUGGGAUUUGUAGGUUGCAUCCUUUCAUCCCUCAGCCUGUAUCUUUAUUGAUGGCAAGCCAACUACUUCUAAUUUUCCAUCACUGCAACUGUAUGAGUAAAAGGCACGACUGCAAAUCCA